UAAAAGCGCCCCGCUUCCUAUCAAGCAAAUGAGACUCAGAGUCCUAAAGGACUACCACUCCCAAGAUGCAACGAGGCACAGCGACGUCGCCGAACGAACCAAAAUAAAACCCCACCACUCACACCGUGCGACGCUCAGGGAACUAGGAAGUGGUUCAACGACGGUGUCCCGCUUAGGUCAAAAGAGUGGUUCCCAUACGUUGGUGUGUUUUCUUUUUUGUUGUUGGACUUCAUUUCCCAGAAGCCCUAGCCACCUUGGCCAACGGUUAGGAAUUCUGGGAGGUGAAGUCCCAAAAGCGUGAAGGACAAAAGUAAGGACCGAAUUAAGAGUCUUUGAUAUAAGGGAAGAUGGGACGUUCCUCUAAGGACAAGCGUGACAUUUACUACCGUCUGGCCAAGGAAGAGGGGUGGAGAGCUCGAAGUGCCUUCAAACUUCUGCAGCUGGAUGAAGAAUAUCACUUGUUUCAAGGCGUCUCAAGGGCUGUGGAUCUCUGUGCCGCUCCUGGGAGCUGGAGUCAGGUUUUGAGCCGAAAGCUGAAAGGAGAAGGUGCUAAAAACUCAGAUGUCAAAAUAGUGGCUGUAGAUUUGCAAGCCAUGGCUCCGUUGCCUGGAGUCAUCCAGAUCCAGGGGGAUAUUACCAAGGUCUCUACAGCUCAAGAGAUCAUUUGUCAUUUUGAAGGACAACCUGCUGACUUAGUGGUGUGUGAUGGAGCCCCUGAUGUGACUGGACUCCAUGACAUUGAUGAGUACAUUCAGGCCCAGCUGCUGCUUGCUGCCUUGAACAUCACUACACAUGUACUAAAAAAGGGAGGAACCUUUGUGGCAAAGAUUUUCCGAGGGAAGGAUGUUACCCUCCUAUAUUCCCAGCUGCGAAUUUUCUUCCCUGAUGUCACAUGCGCCAAACCCCGGAGCAGCCGUAACUCCAGCAUUGAAGCUUUUGUCGUUUGCCGAACCUACAGCCCCCCUGAAGGCUAUGUGCCAAACAUGUCCAACCCACUGUUAGAUCACUGUUAUGAUGUGGAUUUUAAUCAGUUGGAGGGUCCUAAUCGGGUCAUUGUCCCUUUCCUGGCUUGUGGAGAUCUGAGUGCUUACGACUCUGACAGGACAUACCCUCUACAGCUGGAUCCUGAGAAGGAAUAUACUUACACACCUCCCACUCAGCCCCCCAUCCGGCCUCCCUAUGAAGAAGCCUGCUUUUUAAAGAAACAUAAUCUUCUUAUCAAGGAGUCAACACCCCAACCUCAGCAACAGGCUUCUCCCCAUGAGCCUCCAGAGCAGCAAGAACAGGGGGCAGGGGCCUUAGAGACUGAAGUCAUAGAUGCCCUGGAAGAGUUGUCCACGUGACAUAAGGACACAUGUGGAGGUAUGCCUGCAUUCUGCCCUCUGUUGCUUUGAAAGACUUUUCAUUUAACUCUUCUUGGUUACCUUGUAGGGUUUCUUGUUUUAUUCCUCAAAAGACCUCAGAAAUCCCUAACACCACAAGUAGCAUUGGUUUUAAUAAAGGUCUUAC